UUGUUUAACGCAUCAGUUAAUCCUGGAUGGAUGCGGUGGAUGUUAUCGCGGCUGUUCUGGCCAGAUGAUCGUGUGUCUACAUUACGUUCACACCGAGGAUACCUGCUGACAGAUAGCUGUGUGCUCGCCCCCCCCCCGGGGGCCGGAGUCCUCUCGUGCAAGUGAGAAUCACUCCGUGGUCUUUUUUUUUUUUUUAUUCUCGAGGAAAGUUUGUAACAGGGACGCGGUGGAGGAUGAAACCAGCACACAUUUUGAGGCUUCCCUACGGACGCAGAGCUCAGUGACUACUCCUUGCACACGUGCUUUAAAAAAAAAAUAAAAAUCAUAAAAAAUACUUUAUGAUUUGUGGAUGGGUUUGUGAGCAGGUGUUCAGGGGGUGUGUAGCUGGAGAAUGUGUAUCCGGACGGUGGAGUCGUGCUCGGGCUGGAGGGGAGAGCAGAUAGGCUACCUGUCCCUUCCUGGGACCACAGGUGUUCCCUGUAAACAGUGACUCCAAAAUCCAAAAAUGGUGAGCUGUGGAUAGAGAGGCUGCUCUGUGGGUGGAGCUGACCUGUGUCUACCUCCUCUCCUCAUCAUUUCCUAGUUCCUCCCCUUUUCCCUUUUUUAUUUUUUUUCCUGCUCUUCAACCCUCUACCUUCUUACUACUCUUCCUCCUUUUUUUUUUCCCUAUAUCUAUCCAACCAGCCUCCUCCUCUCCACCCCCCCCCCCUCCCCCACAGCACACAUGCAGGCCAAGAAGCGGUACCUGCUCGUGUCUGUGGGGGCCGGUCUUCUCUUCCUCGUCUACCUGUGGGGUCUGCAAAUCGGGGAGUUCCAGCAGCAGCCGUACCAAUAUCACCAGUUGCCCCAGUACCCCCAAUACCACCUGUACCCCCAGCAGGAGUACCAGUACUACCACCAGAGCCAGGAGGUGUACCAGCCCCUGCCCCAGAGAAGCCCGUCCAGACCGUCCAGGCACUGGCCCGAGUCCACCCAGCUGCUGGAGCCGUACCUGGAGGGGGGAGAGCAAGAGGAGGACAGCCCCCAGCUCCAUCACCAGCACACCUCGCCUCGCGAACGGCGUGCGAUCCGCGACAACAUCUACAAGAACAAGCGCUGCCGCAUGGAAACCUGCUUCGACUUUGCACGCUGCCAGUCGGGCUUCAGGGUCUACAUCUACCCGGCGCAGAGAGGGGACGAGAUCUCCGAGACCUACCAGAAGAUCCUGUCGUCCAUCGAGGAGUCUCGCUUCCACACCACGGACCCCGCGCGGGCCUGUCUGUUCAUUCUGGCCGUGGACACGUUGGACCGGGACCAGCUCUCGGCUCAGUACGUCCAGAACGUCCGACUCCGAAUCCAGAGCCUACCGACGUGGAACGAUGGAAGGAACCACCUCAUAUUCAACCUCUACUCCGGCACCUGGCCGGACUACACCGAGGAUCUGGGCUUCGAGGUGGGCCAGGCCAUGCUGGCCAAGGCCAGCGCAGAUGUGGUCAACUUCCGACCCAACUUUGAUAUCUCCAUCCCUCUGUUCUCCAAGGAUCACCCGCUGAAAGGAGGGGGCAUAGGUUAUCUGACGCUCAACGAUGCGCCGCCUUCCAGGAAGUACCUGCUUGUUUUCAAAGGGAAGCGUUACCUGACGGGCAUCGGUUCUGAGACGAGGAAUGCUCUGUAUCACAUCCACAACGGGGAAGAUAUUAUUCUGCUGACCACGUGUAAACAUGGCAAGGACUGGGAGAAACACAAGGACUCUCGCUGCAACAGAGAUAAUGAAGAAUACUCAAAGUUCGACUACCAGGAGCUGCUCCAUAACUCCAGUUUCUGCCUGGUGCCCCGGGGCCGACGUCUUGGAUCCUUCCGCUUCCUAGAGGCCCUGCAGGCUGCUUGUAUCCCGGUUAUUCUGAGUAAUGGCUGGGAGCUUCCCUUCUCUGAAGUCAUCGACUGGAGGAAAGCCGCCAUCAUUGGAGAUGAGAGACUCCUGUUACAGGUUCCCUCCAUUACCCGGUCUGUGGGCCGUGACAGGAUCUUGGCUCUCCGCCAGCAGACUCAGUUCCUCUGGGAUGCCUACUUUUCUUCUGUAACCAAAAUCGUCUUAACUACUCUGGAGAUCAUCCAUGACCGUGUGGAUUCCCAUGUGUCCAGAAACCGGUUGUUGUGGAAUUCUCUACCUGGUGGUCUCUAUGCACUCCCCCAGUACUCAACUGACCCUGCCCAGUUUCCUUUUUAUUAUGCCAUACUGGGGAAGAGCCCGUCGCAGCAGUUCACAGCUGUGAUCCAUAUGGUUACUCCUCUGCAGUCCCAGAUUUCCCCCGUGGUGAGGCUCAUCAUUGCUGUAGCCAAGUCCAAGUUCUGUGCACAGAUUGUGGUUUUAUGGAACGGCGACCAGCCUUUACCUCCUAGGAACAAGUGGCCCUCCACCAGUGUGCCUCUCACUGUCAUUGAAGGACAGACCAAGACGAUGAGCUGUCGUUUUUCCCCCCAUGACGUCAUCCUCACUGAUGCCGUUCUCAGUCUGGAUGAAGACUCGGUUCUCUCAACAAACGAGGUGGAUUUUGCCUUUCUUGUAUGGCAAAGCUUUCCAGAGCGUAUCGUUGGUUAUCCAGCAAGGAGUCACUACUGGGAUAGUUCCAGAUCCCGAUGGGGCUACACCUCCAAAUGGACCAAUGACUACUCCAUGGUCCUCACGGGGGCAGCUUUCUACCACAGAUACUACCACUACCUGUUCACCCACUACGUCCCUGCCAGCCUGCUGACCAUGGUGGACCACAUGGCUAAUUGUGAAGACAUCCUGAUGAACUUCCUGGUGUCGGCCGUUACUAAGCAGCCGCCAAUCAAAGUCACACAGAAGAAACAGUACAAGGAAACCAUGAUGAGCCAGGGCUCCAAGUCGUCUCGGUGGGCCGACCCAGACCACUUUGCCCAGCGACAGACCUGCAUGAACGCCUUCAGUCACUGGCUGGGUUUCAUGCCCCUGGUGCACUCCCAGAUGAGGCUGGACCCUGUGUUGUUCAGGGACCAGGUUUCCAUCCUGAGGAAGAAAUACAGGGACAUUGAAAAACUGUGAAUGCACAAGGAUACACACCCAAUCAUUGUGUGUGAUCCAGAGGCCGUGACAAGAAUCCACACACUG